UCAUGCUAAUGAUAUUCUAAUAGACAGCUGUAUGCAGUUGUAGUAAGAGCAUGCGCAGUGCGUUCCAAGAAUACGGCGAAGAUUCAAAGUUUUUGUUCAAUUACUGCCAUAACCAACCAACAAACGUAAUAUGUUUGGCUUUCACAAGUCAAAGAUCUACCGGAGUAACGAAGGCUGUUGCAUCUGCAAGACCAAGUCCUCCAGCUCACGCUUCACAGACAGCAGUCGAUAUGAAGAGACAUUCGAGCUCUGUUUUGGGCUGUCAGAAGAUCGUGUUGGAGACAUUUGCAAUGCCUGUGUGUUGCUGGUGAAGAGGUGGAAGAAGUUACCAAAUGGCUCCAAGAAAAACUGGAAUCAUGUGGUGGAUGCAAGAGCUGGACCAGGCUUCAAGAUGACCAAACCCAAGAAGAUCAAGAACAGUGAUGGGAAGAAGAAAAGCAAGCUAAAGAAGCUCCACAAGUUAAAGAGACUAACUGACUCAGAUGCACUCAGCACCACCUCCAGUGUGUCUCCUGCCCAGUCCCCCAGUUACAGCAACCUAUCAGAUGACGGAUCAGACAUCGAGUCCAAACAGAGACGCCCCUCUACGUCCAGCUUCUCUUUUCUGGACCGUUCCUACUGGAAAAGGCAAAAGGUGUGCUGUGGGAUUGUCUACAAGGGGCGGUUUGGAGAGGUGAUAAUUGAUCCUCGUCUCUUCAAACCCUGCUGCAGUUCCAAAAAACUGGCAUCCACGCAAGUGGCUGCACACCUUCCAGACACACUUCCUCCACAACUGCCAGAAGUCAUCAAAGAAACCUGGUGAUUGCUUUUGUUGAAUCCCCCUGUCGGGGUAUCCAUGGCAUCCUCCUGGAUUUGUCUCCAGUGGCAGACCUCCUAAUUUCCACUCUCCCAACUAGAUUAGUUAUUUAGAUAUUUCUUUUCUAUGUAUUGUUCCUUUUUUAUAUGGGUAUUUUUUAACUUUUGUAUAGAGUUGAUUUCUUUUCUUUUUUAUAGAAAGCAAAAAGCAAAAAAAAAACGUACACGGGCAUUAGUGUUAUUUAUAGGCUGCGGAAGCAAAUUGUGUCAAGGCUCCAUUUUUGAUUCAAAUUGUUUUGGGAUAUUUUGUAUUAAGUGAUCAAUGUUUUGUAAAUACUUUGUCAACUUUUCAUACAUAUCAAGACUGUUUUAUUAUUUUUCAUAAUUUGUCUGAUUGUCAGUGUGUGUAUGAAAGCCACCAGCUAUUCUAAUACCAGCUUUUUUGUCUAUGUUGAAGUGGCUCUUCAACAUGUUGCUACAACGUUUUGUUUUAUCCGUUUGUUCCAUAUGGGCGAAUGUGUGAGUCUGUAGAAUUGUUAGUGCACAGAUAAACGGUUUGGUAGCCCAGGGAUAAUGAUUACAACAGUCCUCUAUGAAUUUAAUGAGCUUUUAAUGUCUGUGUAUAGAUAAGAACAUUUUGACAUUGUCACAUCUUGAGCAUGCUACAAGUUUUAAACACUCCGUUUUGAUUUUUCAUCAAUUGCUGGAUAGAUGUGGUUAGAUCAUGCAUGCAGUACAUUCCUCCGCCCUUUGAAAUGACGAAAGUAAUUUAUUUAUUUCUUUUGUAAAGCCUCCAAUGAAAUGAAAAUGCAUGUUGUAAAACAAAUGGAUUUUGUAAAUACACAGUAUUUUGGCUUCUGGUACAACCACACUUUUUUUCAACUACAGGAAUAGCAAAUCACUACUUCCUUGAGAGAAAAAAAAUGGUGUUUGUUAGUCUGAAAGGUGCUGAAAACAAGUACUUUUACACUUAACCAGAUAUUGGGCUUGAUCUCAUCCCAUCUCAUUUUGUCAGACAUAUUUCUGUAAAGGUUUUUUCAAAGCUGUAGCCUAUGCUCUUCAGAAUUAUGUGUAAACUGCAGGGAACAGUAUAUUUAAUCGCAGCAUCAGGGAGCUGCAAUAA